UUUGGAUAAAAUGGGAGGAAAAACUCCAGAAGCUGAAGAAAUGAGCUGGGAAGUAGCCACGAGAAAGAGAAAUAGCAAAUCUGUUCAUGAGAUUUCAAGGCUCAAGUACGUGGAGAAACAAAUCGGAGUGAGUAUUAACCCUGAAGGAAAGCUAACAGGCAUGCCUGAUGUAUGGGUAGAUUUAUUAGAUUGCGAAGACCUCCUCGCAGAAGAAUCUAUUAUAGAGACAGGCUCCUUACCACAAGAUGUAGUACCCCUGGUCGAUACUAAUAUUAAGAAAUAUAUUAAAGAGACUAAGCCAGGAAAGUUUAUCGUUUCUCUUCCUGACGAGACAGAAGAUGAAAAGGAAGAAGCAAAAAUACCUGAAAUAGAAGUUGAACUUGACGAGAAUGCAGAGGAAGGCAUGACUGGACUCACUUCCGAGCAAAGAUCUGAUUUUAAGCAAGCUGGCUUAACCAAGAAAGAUGUGUCAGAAGAUCCUCUUAGUGUUCUGGAAACACUAACUUUAAUGAGGAGACAAAAGACUGGAUCAAUCCAUCCUCUGCCUUCUAACUCUGAAUAUCGGAAAUAGGGAGAAGGAGAGUAUCUCAUUCAUCAAAACAGAUCCUUCCCAAGACUACAUAAUUCUGAAUGAGCUUGGAGAGGGUGGUUUUGGAAAAGUCUACAGAUGUGUAAAAAUCGAGGAUAAAGAAGUCUAUGCACUAAAAUACAUUGACAUCACCUCAAACAAGCAGAAGAUCUAUAUCGGAAAUGAAAUUACAAUUAUGAAAACCUCUGAUCAUCCUAACAUUGUCAAUCUACAUGACGUCUAUCUUUAUAAGGGUAGAAUAUUCAUGGUCAUGGAUUAUCUCGAUGGAGGAUGUCUUACUCCAGUAGUCGAAGACAUGAAGCUGGACAUCCCGGAAAACGUCAUUGCCUAUAUUCUAAGAGAGGUUUUACAAGGUAUCUACAGCUUGCAUAAGAGAGGAAUUAUCCAUCGAGACAUUAAGAGCGAUAACAUUCUUAUUGAAAAAGAUACAGCUGCUAUAAAACUUACGGACUUUGGAUAUUCUUGUCAAUUAACCCAAGAAAAAUAGAAUGAGAGAAUCUCGAGUAGGUACCCUAUACUGGAUGGCACCUGAACUGUUAAAAAGUGACAAUAAGUAUAAUGAGAAAUGAGAUAUAUGGAGUUUAGGAAUUUUCGCAUUUGAAUUAGCCCAAGGCUUCCCUCCCUUCCCUAAGCAUGGGCAGCAAAAGACAAUAUAUCAUAUCUUAUCAAAGCCUUCUCCAACUCUAAAGCAUCCAGAGAAAUGGAGUGAUUUAUUCAACUCCUUCAUUGAAUGCUGUAUGGUCAAAGAUUAUAAUGAGAGACCAUCAGCAGCAGAAUUGCUAAAACACCCCUUUUUGAAUUCAGAUCUUGACUAUGAAAAUGCUAAAGAAGAGUACAUGGAGUUUAAAGCUGAAGUACUCAAAAGGUUAGGAAAGAUUGCAGAGGAUCAUGAAGGUGAUGAGUUCUCUCAUCUAGACACAUCAGUUGAUAAAAGGCCUCGUUCCAAAACGACUAAAGUUGUGAAAUAA